AUGGGCACAUUGUCGUGUCCAGACGCAAAGCCAAAACUCGCCCUAAGAGAUUAUCGAAAACCGAUGAACACUCUGCAGCCGCGAUAUCAUCCGUACAAUGGAAGUCCAAGUGGCAAUGGAGGUUCGCCGGGGACCUAUGUCGGACAUACUGGGCAUACCGGCUAUGCUCAGCCUACCAGCGAGGCGCACAGCGGAACGGUCUACGUCUCCACCCCUGGUCAAAUGCGCUCGACAGCGAUGAUCCAGCCACCUCAAUUCGAGUCUCCUUCUCACAACGGAACGAUGUCGAUCGGCGGCUUCUCCCAGGGCUCCAGCGGCGGGCCAGCCACACCGGCUGGAAUUCAGCAGCGAGAUCGAGUUUCCCAAGCAAAACCGCCAUACAGUUACAUUUCGCUCAUCACGAUGGCGAUUCAGCAGUCGCCGCAGAAGAUGAUGACGUUGUCGGAGAUUUACAACUGGAUCAUGGAACUGUUCCCUUAUUACAGACAGAAUCAACAAAGAUGGCAAAACUCAAUCCGCCACAGUCUGUCCUUCAACGACUGCUUCGUCAAAGUCCCCCGCUCCCCCGACAAACCAGGAAAGGGCAGUUACUGGGCGCUCCACGACGAUGCUGGAAACAUGUUCGAGAAUGGCUGCUACUUGAGAAGACAAAAACGGUUCAAAUGCCCAAAUAAGACAAACGAACCUGGAGUGGAUCUGAAGCAGGAAAAUACGGAGUAUGAGCAGACCGAAAAGAGUUAUCAAAAUGAGCCCCCGCGCGUCUCAGUCGGCUCCCCUGUGGACAAGCAUGUCGAGUACGAGACGGUCUACGCGACGACCAGCCAUCAUCAUCAGUCCCCCGGCGGCAUCCAACUCGUCCCGAUCGUUUCGCAGUCCUCGAUCGUCACUUCUUCCCAGCCGCAGAUAAAACCAGAGCCGAACCAAUCGAUCCAGCAAGUAGUGAGCCAAGGGAGCGCGCCCCAACCUGGCCAGCCGAUUGAAGUCUUGCCUAGCGAUGGAAGGGCGAUUUAUCACGAUGCCAAUGGUGUCCCGCUCAAUCUCAUCGACCCGAACGGCCAAGAAGGACAACAAGUGAUCGUCCAAUGGGCUCCCGAAGGCGCGAUUCCAGACGGCCACGCUCAAUACGUCCACGCUUAUCAACCCCAGUUCCUGAUCAACACUUCCGACCCGAACUACCACCCUCACCAUCCCUUUUCCAUCAACUCCCUCAUGUCCACUGGCGCCAUGACAAUGAACGGUGAAUACUUCACCCCGACUGGCCACAUAAUGCCAGCCACAUUGACUCAAGCACCUGUUUCCACUGCUCAAUCUGGCCAGAUUCAAAGCGCUCCUCAUUCUGUCCAAAAUUCUAACACUCAGAAUUCAAAGGACGGAAACAUCACCUACAUCGAGCCGCAAACGAUCGAGCUCCAGCGCACCGAUGGUCCAAAUCAGCAAAACUCUACCCCGGGCCAGCAGAAUCAGUCGAACGCUGGUGGCGCUCAGGAGCAGAACCAUCCGACCAAUCAGCAGCAACAGCAGCAGCAGCAGCGGGCUGAGCAGCAACAGUCCAACCAACAAGAACAACAGUACUUGCCCGCGCAAGAAAUUCCCGCGAGCAGCUCGCAAUCCGACCCGAUCGACCAGUCACAGCCCUCAGGCCAGGUCCAAUUCGCCCCGGAAUCGCCCUCCCAGCCGAUGGAAAGCGAAAACCAUCAGACUCCAAGCUCCAAUCAAGUGACGAAUCACAGCCCGAUUUCGAACGAAAACGACGAAGCGUAA